AAUGUUUUUAUCGGCAGCAGUGAACAAACAUGGCCUAAUGCCAUUCACUUUACGGUCAUUUGAGGAUGAGAAGCUAGCGAAAAUGGGUGUUGUGGAAUGUGAACGACAUAAUCUUAUGCGGCCGUAUCAGGUUUUCUAUGAACGAGAGAGUGAAUUUGUGGCACAGUUCAAGUGCACGGUACUAAUCAUGCCUAAUGGAUUACUGAAAAUUACUGGAUUUCCUCUUGAUAUGAAUGCGUUAGAAAGCGAUAUAAAGAUCGAAGAUCAGUUGAUCACAUCUUUGUUGAACUCCUCAUUGAAGCCUAAAAAGGCAAAGAAGAAGCCGAAAAACGGUAAGAAGGAUGAGAACAAUGGUGCUCAGAAGAAUAAUGAUAUUAUUGAGAAGGAGGGAGAUGCUGGUACCCAAAAUGUGGACAUGAAAACUCGAGAUAUGAAUAAGAAAUCUGUGUCAUCUGAUAACAGGGACGGUGUGAACGUUACAAACGUUACAACAGAAUUAAAAAUAAAUGAUCAUUGA